AUGCAGAUGAAGAUUGACAAGUUCACCAACGUCAAGAAGGCCAUGGAUGACAUGGUCUUUGCCCUGAAGAAAGAACAGGCCGAUGAGGUGAAGCAGAAGGACUUUUGCGUGGAAGAGUUCCGCAAGAAUCAGCUGCAGACAGAGGACAAGACACGUCCUGAUGCUCAGAGAUUUCUGUUGACGUUGACAGUGACACAUGUGACGCAUCACUUUUGCUCAGGGUCUUGA